AUGAGCGGACUGGUGAAACAGAAGGAGUACGACUGGAAACACUCAAAUAUUGCAAAUAUUGGAAGCAACCAAGACAUACUGGUAAGUUCGUAUUUUUCAAAAUCAGACAUCAUUGAAGGUACCGGUCAAGUGUUCUGCAUCUUGGUGAAUGUUUUGCAAUGGUAGAAAAAAACAUUUUUUUAGGCGAGAAAGAAUGCUGCCUCAUCCGAGCCAGCCUGGAGCGAAACAAAGAAAAUGCAAGAGAAUGGACUGAAAAUUUGGAGGAUCGAAAAGUUUGAGGUAAAAAAGUUGUUAGAUUUAUUUUGAAACACCUGUCAAUUGAAAAGAGAUAAGCUUGAUAGGGGGCCUGACCUCGAAUGCGAUGAUCCCUUUUAAAGGAUGGUUGUGUCGUUCUUUGUACAGGCAAAGAUGUAUUCUAAAAAAUCUGACUUUCUGCAGCAAACAAAAAAUUUUAAACUUAUUUGAUCAGUAGACCGAUUAAUAUUCGUGAAUCAGAAAGAGACAUUUGCACGAUAAAAAGUUCUUCAUGAGUUGGCGUCCUAAGGCUUUUUUUCUUGACGUAAGGACAUGCGACACAGAAUACUUAAAAAUAAUUCAUGGUGAUAAAUAAAGUCCAAACUGUGACAAUGAAAGAUAAAAAAUAAAAACUUCACAGAUUGGGGAAGCAUUUCCUCUGUCAAAGUUUAAGACACGUUUCUGCUCUUAGACUUUGGUAAUAUAGCUCUAAUCUCACACAUCUAACUUCAGGCAAACUUGAAACGUCAUCUUUUCUUAAUAGUUCGUACACUCAUUCAUUAGUUCUUGGCCCGUUUUAACAAAAAAAUAGAGCUUUCACGUUUCUGGAUCACUAUCGCUCUUUAAUCUUAAAAAAGAUUAUAAUAUAAACACAAUGUUUGAAUUUUGUGGUCUUGACGAAAAUAAAGGCUAACUCAGGGCGGGGUGUAGGCUAGGCUGGUAACCAGGCCUAUUUGGGGUGUUAAAUCUUGUAACUCUGUCUGCAAACUCCUGAAUUUCAUUGAGCUGUUUGCGUUGUGACUAGCAUUUCGCCGAAUCGGUUGUCGUUAGAUUUUUUACUGCUUUAUUACCAGGUAAGAGAAUGGCCUGAGGAAAAAUACGGAACAUUCUUCAGUGGUGACUCAUACAUCAUUCUUCACACGGAGAAAGCAUCUCCAGAUUCAGAUGUUUGUACUACAUGUUUUCAGUUCACUUUUUUAGAGUUAUCAGUCUCUAUGUUUAAGCUCAUAGGUAAGAUAAUUAUUGCGGCCAAAACGGAUACUAAUGAUACAGACGCCAGCCCGUGAUUUAUCUUGGAAGUGAAUGUGGCUAAAUUUGAGUUCAAUAUGAAACUCAAAGGUCCUAUUUUUGUUGUUACCCAUUUCUCGCAUUUAGAAAAGUCGAGUAGUGAUUGACAGAUUGACUGGUUUUGACUGUUUUUGUUUUUUCGCUACUUACACCAAUAAAGUAAUGGUAAGCAGCUACAAAAUUCAAGCACCGUGUAGUAUCACCAGAAACUCUACUGACCCCAAGCCGACCCCCACCCCCCCCCCCCGCACCCCCAAACUCCAACGUGUAGUAUAACACAACGGCCCGCGAUCCACCAGCCCCAAAGACUAUGAAGAGAUAGACCACCAAACAUCCAAUCACCCCAACCCCCCCCCCCCCCCCCACUGUCUAGGCCGAAGUUUAAAGGUUUUUGUAAGAAGCCCUCCGCCCCUGAAAUACCGACAUGAGAUAUUAGACGAAAAGCAAGUGACAAGGAAAUAAAUCCAGUUUAGAGCAAUUUCUACUUCGACUAGAUAUGAUAGGCGAGCGCCAUGUUCGACAACGUAACGAGCCUUUUAGAAAAUCACGGUAAAACCACUUUGCGCUAAGUAUUACGGGUAUAAUGGUUUGGUUUAAUCUUAAUUUUCGGCAUCUGAAACCUUUUCACGUUUCUGUAAGAACGGAAAAUCCGGCAAUGCUUACUGAACACUUUAAGAAAUCAAGCCAUGCCAAUAAUAUUAAAUAGUAAUUAACAUUCAGUAAUUUACAAUGCAUUUAUCUUUAAGGUGAUAUUUUAUGAUGUCCAUUUCUGGAUUGGAAAACAUUCUACACAAGAUGAGUACACAACUGCCGCGUACAAAACUGUCGAACUUGACGCCUACGUAAGGAAAUGCCGGAAUGCAUACGUAGCUUUAAAAUGCGUCUUUGUAUUCCGCUAUAAAUAAAUGGUUCGAAUGAAACGACAAAGAAAAAUCCUGUCUUCUAAUUCAAUUGGAAGCAACUAAAUAGAAAAUUGAUCGCGACUUUUGAAACAAGUGAUUUCCCGCCCUUCCUAUCAGUUUUGCAGGCGGACCGCCACCUGCUUAGCCCAGUUUGAUGUGCGCCGGUCUGCCGAACGGGAGGCCGCUGGUUUAAGCCCCGGCCGGACCGAGACUCAAGGUCUUUGAAUAAAUGAGGAGGAAGUACUGCUUUUGUAAUGACAUCUGCAAAUAGUUAACCUUUCUAGUCUUCUAACCCUUCUAGCCCCGUCUUCUAUCCCUUACACAUAUCACAAAUUCCGUGGGACGCUAAAGAACCCACUCACUGUUCGCAGAGAGUAGAGGAUGUACUAGUCCACAAUGUGGACUUUAUCGAUUUAACAUUCACAUUAGGAGGCAUUCAUAUUACUUCAUUGACAGUAAACUGCAGGAAGCACUGAACACCCAACCGUUUCAGUAAAUUAUCCCAGAAAAGCCCUGAGGCGGGUGGAUGGUAAGAUAUUUACAAUUUACAAUUUAAGAUUUCCACACGUCUAGGGCGCAUUGGUUACACACUCUUCACGCGCUUGGCGAACACUAUUUGUUUUCCCGCCGUGUGGCAUGGGAUACUUAUUUUUUCCGCGCUCCGCGUGGAAAAGUCAUGAUCAUUACCCACGUUUUACGAUACCUGUAUACUGCAUAAAAAAGCAUUGAGGGCAUAUUUAUGGACGGUAAGAGUGAUUGCAAGAGCCAUAAUGGCUCUUGAUGAUAGCGAAUAGCAGUAUGAAUUUUAAUCUGGAGCCUAUUGUUCUAAGUAACGCAUUAGCAUGGUCGGCAUUCUAACUUCCUCCUAAGUGUGCCUCGUGGCUUAACUAUUGUUUUGGUACCUUGAAUGAUGAAAUGAAGACCUUCUCUGUUCAAAAUUCAUGAAAUGUUUCCCUUCCGUCUCUACAGUUGGACGAUAAAGCGGUCCAGCACCGUGAAAUUGAAGCCUUCGAGUCUCAGGCAUUCAAGGAAUACUUUGUUGCUUUGGGAGGAAUCAAAAUAGAAGAAGGCGGGUGAGUUAAAUCAAGAAGAAAUGAACAUUAAACUUGCAUGAGAAUAAAAUCGUUUUUAAUACGCAAAAUUUAUUGUGAGAGGCGUCCCAUGUAAGGUACUCCAAGACAGUUUUUGAAUCUUGAAUUUUUUGUCAGUGGAACUGUAGAACUUGGAUUCCGGAUUCCAAUCGUUAGCGGGAUUCCAGACUGUAGAUGGCUGAAUUCCGGAUUCCAAAGCCCAGGAUUCGACAUCCUACAAGCAAAAAUGUCCUUACAUGGGACAGGUGAGAGAGCGCGCACCACAUCUGGCGAAUUUUUACAACAAAAAGGACCUUGAAGUUUUGUGAAUCCGAGUCCCUCCCAAGAUUAGAUCCAAGGCCAUCGUAGGGUCACCAUCAUUCAAAGCCCUUAAGCUAACAAAACUUUCAAGUGCCAGGGCGCCAAGAAUGUAAAUCAGAUUUCGAACUCUUGCUUCGGUUUUAAUAGCAUUCUGACUCAUUGAACCACUUCAUACAUGUACUACAGACGUGGGAGACGAACGCACACUAACGCGUGAAAAUGUAUUUUCCGCUGGUAUGUUACAAUUCUCUUCUGGCCUUUCUGCCACCUUCUGAUUGAUUCCUCUAGAUCAUAAAUUCGUCCGCGUAGAAUGCGUUCUUUCUCUCUCUCGCAUUCCUCUUUCACUCUCUCACUUGGUUGGAAUGCCUGAGCAUCCAACUAUCAAAUAGCGUUGUUUGUUUUGUAGGUGUUACAUUUAAGAGCAAAAUAAUUUACGUUCGUUUGAGCGAAACGAAUUAGAACGUAAUCCUCUUGUGGUCUGAAUUAAACUCAUGAAAAUAACGACGGAUAAAAACGCUUUUAUCCUUAUUGGAUGGUAUAUCCUAACUAAAACCAACAAACAACAAAAACGACCCAUCAAAUGACCACCAUACCUGGAGUAAGUAAAAUUUCGCAUCCACAUUUUACACCAACAAUCAGAUACAGUUUUGAUACUCUCACCGCAACAAUAUCAUCCUUCUGUUGACAAAGGGGAUAAAAUGGAGUUAGGGAACACAAUUCCGGGUAAAAUAUUUCAACUGACUAGUAUUCCAUACACUGACUAACUAUAAUAAGUGGUAACACUGUGGAAGCUUUGCUCUGACUUGUCAGCCUUAACCUGUUUAGCAGGUGCCGGUUUUUAAGGGCGAGAGAAAGAAAUUACGAGGAAGCGCGCGCACACGAGGGAAGAAAAGGAAAAAAGAAUUGUUCCCUCUUGCGAUAUAUAUAUAUAUAUAAUAAUAGCCAAAAACACUGACAGGCGCCUACCACCAUAGUUAAUAAAGUGGAAUGGUUAUGAAACCGGACAGACUUCUUUGUUAGAUGUUUUUUGGACCUGACUGUGCACAACGUUCAAUAGCCUAUCAUUUUGAGCUUACUGACCAAUAGAAACAUCGCAUUAAUUUAUUCAUUCACAAUUUGUGAACAAAAAACUGAGGAUUGUGCAUGGUCAGGGAGCUUCCAACAUAAUCUACAACACUGUUAAUUUCAUCUUUGAUGUUUGCCGGCUUUCCUAACCAGUCUUCGCUACCAACUAUUCAGCCGCGCAAGCUGCCUCUGUAAAGUUGGGUCUAAGAUAUUAGACAACUGCAGCAAACCUGCCAUGGAUUUGAAUCGUAGCAAUCAGAAAUAUUGUGGAAUUCAGUAGCGUGGAAAUGCUGUUGUAUACUGUGUGUUUCCCUCUCUAAACAGCAGUUCUAAAGUGGGCAACAGUGACACAAUACUGAUAUAUGCCCCCCUUUUGAUGAAUAAAACAACGCUAUCGGGGAAGUUUAGUCAAUAAUUUAACAAUACCUUGACAAACAGUGUUUUUAUAAUUUGGUCAGAAUUGAAUCCGUAUUUCGACACGUAGACUCUACCAAGCAAGAUACUUUGAUAGUUCAUUUCAAAAAGUUGUGGAACGAGGAGUAUGAGAGGUACACUUAUGAAGCCAUGUCGCCCCUGGACACUAGACAUCUCUGUUGUGACGAUGGAUUUUUGGUGAUUUUUUCCGGCGAAGAUCGCAUUAUCCAGGUAACCUUCCACUGAGGGAGUUGAAGGGCCAAAUUUAAAGAAAAAGCAGGAUAAUUUACGUGGCUAGUAUGUUAUGAAGUACAGAGAAAGUCCAAAAUCUAUCAAGCGGCCGCAACAGAGGAAGGGAUAAGUCGCAGCAUUUCAUACAGUUUCUAUUCACCAGGGCCGGGUUGUUCAAAGCAGGGUUAAGAUAACCCAGGGUUAGUACGAAUUUUAAAGUCAGAUAUAAAAGCUUAAAAAGCAAAUUCAGUUUAAUUCUUUUGGUCUGCAAUUAGGUGAUGGGAUGCUCCAAAAAAAAUGGGGAAAUUAUCCGAGAAAAUGCUUUUAAACAAAAGAAAAAGAAUCCCGGUUUAAAAUUUAACCCCGGGUUAGUGCUAAUCGACCCUCGAACAACUGGGCCUAGUAAUUUACAAACCAUUUUUUUCGUCCGGCAACUAUGGUAACUGGCCGCUACAUAAAGGAUGGCCGCUUAAUAGGAGACACCUUAGUAGAGGCUCGAAUGUAGUCCGCCACAAAUGCCAGCGGACGAACUCUUAAAUAUUUCCAUACUCAAUCGACAGUCUACCCAAUAUAAUCAUGCCUAGUUUCGAACCACCUAGAAGGGUCAGCUUUUUCUACUGCAGUAUUACGGCAAAUGCACUAGAAAAAGGCCAUGUGAGUCACGUCGUGUAUACAAAUCUGGUACGUACGAGGAAUACCCCUGUACGGGGGACCUCCGCCUACACUUCAGCUUCAAAAUUUAAAUUUUCACGCAAAACAGCUCGAAAGCCAUUUCCAUUUUCGUCGUUAAUUCAGGUAUGAAAUAUUGAAAGAAGGAUCACUUUCCAGGGAGCUCUUUCAACGCACAUAAUGCACAGUGCCUUAAUAUUUCGCCUUCACAAGCGGUCACAAAGUAACUCUCAGACACGAUACUCAGAAAGAAAAUAAAAAGCGACUGAUAUGGAUAAUUGGGCCCGUAGUCGGAUUUAUGAAGUCAAAGUAAAAUAUGUUCUCACUAAAACGUGCGACUUUAAUUGUCCCUGUUACACCGUAUUGUUAAGAUAACUAAAACAAUAUUUCUUUGUUGUUUUGAAGCUCCGAGGAAAAAACACUCCGAUCAGUACCAAUGUCCCGUUCAAUAAUUGGAUGAGCAAGAAAAAGGUACAUCUUUAAGAAAAGUUUAUCUCCUUCUUCUUGUUUUCAAUAAAUUAAAAACUGGUCAUCAUCUCCGUCUUUGAUACAGGCAGAAUACCCCAAAGCUAGACUUGAGGUGUUUGGUAAGUCAUAAUUUAUGCUUUAGUUAGUCUUAAAUUCAUUCAAACAUUUCACUAUGACGUUGAGAGAUACAGACCGCACAAGGAAACAGUUUAAGCAAAGAAUACUACUAAUAGAUAGGGAGGAGAAGAAGAAGAAGAAGAAGAAGACCUUUAUAAAGGUUAUCAAGACUUAAUCAAUUUACCGUUUUGAGUAUUCAAAUUCCUUUCUUUUAGACAGCUUGGAGGAGCUUGAGAACGAUCAAAUCUAUGAGGUACCUCAAAUCAUCUCAUUUUGUAAUGUGGUUAUUUCAAUUACCUGUCUGUGCCAGGAGCUUAAUACCUAUGUUAAAAGAUUUAAAUUUUAACGAAAAUAGGGUACGUGUUCAAAACAGAAGCCAAUAAAAUAUUAGAACGGUGUAACUUUAAAUAAGGGGAUGGCAAGAAAUAAAUGGCACGCCUUUAUAGUAAAAAAUCCACUUAAUACAUCAAUACAGUAUUAGAGAUUCCUGCGCUUUUCUUCCAUAUAUCGGUCAGUUGUGUUUUUACAGGCAAACUGGAAGGCAAUACCGUUCCACGGGCCAAUACAGUACACAAUGUACUGAUAUCAUUCUUUAUUUAUAUAUGUUUCGCGCCCUUUUUACUUACCCCAAGAAACCUUGUUUUAACAGCUGGUUUUAUUGCCCAAACUGAAACAGGAAGAAGAAAAAUUGGUAAGACACGGUUUGAUCUACGACAGAUCAGAUCUACUACACAUCUACUACUUGACCUACAAGGCCUGGGAUCAAUUUAAUAAAACUUUUACACGUGUAAUUUACAAUUGAAGCCUUGUUUUACAGUCUGAAAACAAAAGCUACACUUGUAAAUUACACCUGUACAAGUUUCAGUAAAUUGGCCCCAGUACUAUUUUUUUCACACCCACUUGACAUGUGAUCCAGUCAUCACUUUAUCACUCAAUAAACCUGACGCAUGGCUACCAUCUAAUAACCUUUACUGUGAGAUUAGGGAUGGUGCAUCUAAUGGGAAUACGAUUGAACGACUUCAAAGCAAGACCUCAUGAGUAGAAAGGAUGGCGUAGUGGUAAGGGCAUCCGCCUCCCACCAGUGUGGCCAGGGUUCAAAUCCCUGCGUCGACGCCACACGUAUUUUGUUGUUAAUUCUGUCCAAUGCUCCCAUGAGGUUUUUCUAUGGGUACGCCAGUUUUCUGCUCUCCUCAAAAAACCAACACUGCCAAAUUCCAAUUCGAUCUGGAAAGCACGGACACGUUUAAGCGAGUUCCUAAGAGCUCCUAAGUGCUUCGUGGGUAAACAAAUUACAAUUUACAAUUUUUUUGCGCGCAAACAAGUUUUAGUAAAGACAGGCCUUAACUUGGGGCUCUACCAGGCGUGUGGCUUUAGCUUGUAGCAUCGCAAUACUUAUAAGACGAGUGAGCAUUCAGUAUUUUAUCUGUGUAGUGGCCCUCUUUGAUUUCAAUGAAGCAGAGGAAAACUAAACGCGAUUUGCUUAGGCUCCUCCACCACAACCCAUGGGAAUUAUUGUGUUCGAGGGUCCCCAAUAAUGUUUUAAGCACCCGUCAUCCCGACCUAAAUUUUCGCUCAAUCCUUUGAUCCCGAUGGUUAAUUUCAGCAUUCCACAUCCUGGCGUCCCGCGAAUAUUACCAAUCCCGAAUUUCGCCUCCAGUUUGUUUUAGAAUCCCGAAUCCCAGUCUCUAAAUAAGGCGGAUCCCGAAAAACCUAUUGGGACCCUCGUGUUCGGGCCACAAAACUCGCCUGCAGUACAGUCCAGAGUAUCUUAGGUAUCUUGAUAACGGGGGAAUUAACAAACUAGAACCAUCACAGUUCAUUCGUAAACGGUAUGUUACUAUCUUUUCGAAACAUUUACAUUAUCAUUUUAUACGGUUAUUAUCAUUCUCAAAAGCGAUCAUAAAUAUUUACAAGGUAGAGUCAUGCAGAUUUAAAGAACAAGUGAGAAAACCACCUUUUCACGCAUAAGUAAAUCCUAUACACGUUAAGUUAAAGACUUGGGCCCGGUUACUCGAAAGAUGGUUAAGUUUAACCCGGGAUUAUGGCAAAUUAGAAGCACGGUUUUUUGCCUUAGAACAUGCAACUCAAGGUUACAAAAUACAGUGUUGAGCCUUUACUACGAGGUACAAAAAAAUGUUACCCUAAGCAAUGCAUAGGAAUGUCAAAUACAAAAACGGAACAACAUUUUAAUCCUGGAUUAGCACUAAUCGGCUUUUCAGGAACCAGGCCUUGGACGUUGAAUUUAAAUAGCGGAGAAUACUAUAAGGGUGAUAAUACAUCAAACCAUGGCCAGCACAAAACUAGUAACUUGGCGGUUUUUGCGCACUUGGAAACGUUAGACAAACUAAUGUAACAUAAUUUUCUCUUAAAAGAAAAGCAAAGAAGAGUUCCAAAGAAGGUUAAUCAGGUACGUUUUUGGCAGAAACAGAACGGGAACGUCAGUUGACGACGGCGCGCGCAAAUUAAAGAACUGGCUUUACCAAUGGCACAGCAACAAAUUGGGCACCGGAAGUCGUGUUUAGUCUUUUCCGCGCGCUUUCCCGUCGUCAAAUGACGUUCCCGUUAUUUUUACUAGCUCAGCCUAAUGAAACCAAUGCCACCAUGCAAAGGGGCAGAACCAAGUGUCCACAUCACAGAGCUGUCCGUAUUAUAGAGAGGUAGGCAUAUUAUAGAGGUGUAUGUUAUUGAAGUAGGUUAUUGAAGUAGUAGUAGUAGUAGUAGUAGUAGUAGUAGUAGUAGUAGUAGUAGUAGUAGUAGUAGUAGUAGUAGUAGUAGUAGUAGUAGUAGUAGAGACUGAAGAAGUUCGGCGUCCUUGGACCCACAGCACUCUCCGUAAAGGAGAAGUGUCCGUAAUAGGGAGGUUUCCAGUAAGAAACGUCUGAGUACCCUCUGAGCUGUAUAUUUAUAAUGUUUGCUUGGUAGGUCACAGUUCUUAGGCCCUCUUAAACUCGCUUAUUUCACAUUUGGCUCUGGGUAAAUUCCUGUGGUGUGGAGAGGUAAGCAGUUUGUUAAAAUAAGCCUUUUCAAGUAUUUCACAGACUUAAUCAUAUUACUUCAUACGGCUCGUAUACAGAGUCAUCACGGACAAGAACAAACUUGAAUUCAAAGUCGUAGCUACCAAUGAUGACAUCAAAGAAUCCUUACUGGACCACAGUGAUGGUAAGCUGCAUUUAUGUUCGAUUUUAUAAAUUAGUUUAUAAGUGAACGAUUUAUUUGAGUACGAUAGUCAGUGCCAAGAGUAGUUGUUUUAACGGACUCACUGCUGAUGCCCCAUUCGGAAGAGAGAGGCUUUGGGAAGAUCGACUCUGGUUGGGUAAGCUUACUUUACUAUUUCAGUCGACUCUAUGAAAAUAUUCUAAUUUAGUUGCGAUUGUCAUGUUUUAUUCCAGUGUUCCUACUGGAGACAGAAGAGGGCCUGGUUGUGUGGGUCGGCAAAGAUGCAAGCGCCACAGAAAAGACUAAUGCUCUUUACUAUGCACAGGUUAGUUGCGCGGUAUAUACGCUUUAAAAUCCAACUAGUGGUCUAUUAUCAAUGCUGCGUUCUGAUUGGUUGAGCUACUACUAGGCUAUAUGUUAUAGCCCCCUAGUGGCGAAAAGCGCGGGCUUUUUGGCGGCAAAAAAGUUUUAAAGCCUAGCUUUAACUAGCUAAAUUUUUUUUUCUCGCCCUCAUGGCCUCUGAGUCAAUAGCCCAUUCGGCCUUCGGUCUCAUGGACUAUUGACUCACAGCCCAUUCGGGCUCGAGGAAUAAUUGUUAAAUAUAUACGUUAUACGCUUCCCUGCGAUCCGUAGAGCCAUUUGGUUAAAAGAACUGAGGAGGUAAAUAAGCGUGACCUCUAAGAAAGUCAAAAGCAGUUUCUUUUGCGUCUUGAUCGCUUGAAUGGCAAAAUUCAGUUUUAGAGGAAAAACUGUUAAGCAGGAAAAUACUAGACACAGAAAUGUUCUUCUUAGAAAAGAUUUCCGAAAUAAAAAAUUCAAAGACCUUCUUCAUCUGCAUGCCAUAUCCAAGUAUGUCAAGACACAGUCAAGUAAGUUUACGUUAAGAGGAGGACGCUUGCUUUGAAAAGCUAAGCGAGAAGUACAUGUACAUGGAAAUAGAACCCUGAAUGCUGGUUUUUUUCGAAGGCUGGGAACAGGCCGAUUGUUUUAAGCAUAAGAGUUUCAAAUGGAAUCCUGUUCUUUUAAUUCUACACUUAAGAUGUACUUAAAGGAAGACGGCCAGAAUCAGAUCUGCAGCGUCAGUUGUGUACGCGAGAAAGUUGGAAAAUGUCCAAGGGUGUGGGAGAAAACUGUCAAGAAAUGCGACAAAGGUAAGCUUUACAAAGAAGUAAAUUCUUUCUACUUUGUCUUAAGAGGUACAAUAGCAAUGGCAAAUACCUUAUUAUAAGAAAUUAACGCUCUAUAAAAUUAACGCGAAUUUUUAUGAUUCGCGUUAAUUUUAUGGAGCGUUAAUUUUGUUGAGCGUUAAUUUCCGCGACGUUAAUUAAGUGCAGCGUUAAUUUCCGCGCUCUUAAUUCCCAGUAUUUUAACCCCAAUUUUGGAACCUGCCCAGACAUUCUUGACACCUAAAAAACAUUAAGUACAAGCUUUCUUUCUUUCCAUUUACCCUUUAUUUUUCAUCUUUCAUAAAAGCUAGGGCGAAGGUCUACAAUAUUUCGAGUUCAUCUUCAUCUUUGUCGCUGUCAGAAGUAAUGUCAAUAUCUUCUCCUUUUAUUUCGGCCACCAACUGUGUCUUUAUCGCGUUAAUUUCCUUUAUUAUGAAAUUCUACCUCCUUUUUCGCGUUAAUUUUCUCUAUUCGAAAGUCGUUUUCCAUUAAAUUUGCGUUAAUUUAAGUCGCGUUAAUUUCCAAUACCUUAAUUUCAUGGACGUUAAUUUCCUAUAAUAAGGUACGUUGGUGAUGGUGAUGGUGCUCGUGAUUUUAGUGGUAAUGGACUAUGAGGGUGAUGUUGAUCGUGAUGAUGAUGGCAAUCCAUGGUGGUUGGUGAAGGUAAAGAUGACGACGGUGGUGUUGGUGAUUGGUGGAGAUGAUGAUGAUGAUAAUGAUGCUGCUGAUGAUGGGCGUGGUCAGUGGUGA